UUCUGUAUUAAUGGCUUAAAAAAUAUUCAAAAAACUUCAUUAAAACUUAAUUAAACCAACAAAAAGAAUAGAAGCUUAAAGACCCUCUCUAUGGUAAAUCAUACAUUAACACAAUGCCUGCAUGGCUGUGGGCAAUUUUGGCCGGAGCAAUGACGUCUUUAUUGGCCAUGUCAAAGAUAGGUACUAGAUCUAACACUUGCUGCGAUUUUGAUUGCGAAGAUGCUGGUGCUGAUACAACAGUACAGGAAGGGGACACCAUGGGUGAGUUUCCGGGGCAAAUUAAAGAAUUAUAUCGCAGACCUUUUAUGGAAGAUUCUAAAAGCGAUGCGCAUAUACUUUCCGUACCCGCUAAUUUACAACAAUUUAUAUACAACGAAAAAGGGGAAAAGCUUCGUCUACGCGAUGCCGACUUGCGCGCGCAAUUUCCUAAUAACUAUUUAGAUAAUCAAACGGUUCAAUCAACGGAAGAACGUCGGGAUAAAUGCCUUCCUAUUGCCCGAAGAGACGAUCAGAGUAGAAGAGCACGUCGCCAAUGCUGUACCCCUCAAGGGAAGUACUGCGAUUUCUCACAGAAACAAAAAUCACUUCGCCUAUCGCCGCAAGCACAACAACUUACUGCACUCCCACGUUCCGAGCUGGCGUCGUCGCAGAGACAGGAAAUUUCAAUAGAGGAUUCAGCGAAAACAUCAGAAUCUCCGUAUCGUGGCAUUGAAAGUAUGCCGGGCAACGUAGUCGCUUCUCGUGCUGGAAAAUUGGAUGCUGUUUUUCCGCAUCGAAGAAUUAUAACAAAUCCAGAAACGUCUGAAAAUCUAGGCUGCGGUGGCGCCUGUGCGUUAAAAUGUCAAUAUCAAUGUGAGCACCCGAUCAGGCCACAUCCCGAAUCGUCUGAAACCCCAAAAUGCUGUGGCGCGUGUGGUUUAAAAUGUCAAUAUCAAUGUGAGCAACAGGUUGGGCCGCAUACCCAAGGCUUGCGACCGAAAAGAUAUACAGCAACUACGGGAAGUGUCGGCACAUGGUCGCCGCAAGGCGGUUGCCCUUAUUCUCGCAUGCCAGCACAACAAAAUCUUAACGUUACUGGACAAAGUCCGCAACAAGGAGCUCGGUUACGAAAUGCGCGUUCAUUCUCACCAACCCAGCGAGUUCCAAUUCCUCAAAACGUAUCACAGCGAAGACAAAUGUCACAUCCCGAAUUAUCGCAAAAGGGGCAACUCUUACAUAGACUUGCGAACAUAAAUGCAAAACUGAUAAAGCUUACGGAAGGUACGGGAGGGGCUUUAGUACCACAAGAGAGACGUGUUCGGGGUCGAUAUACGCAAAAUUACCAAACAAGAAAUUGUCCGCGGAGAAAUUACGGAACCAUAUAUCCUGGCUAUCGGAAAGACGUUCGUGCAAGAGUAGACAAUUUGCUGAGUGGCCUAAUUUACAGAACAGGGUUCUGCAUACAUGUGUUAAGCGACGUAGAGCGUUUUAUACGUCACUUACAAACACAGCUCCGGAAUAUCUAAAGCAACUAAAG